UAUUUGUACAAAUUUUAUUUAUAUAGUUUUACAAACUGAGCAUCAAAAUGUUGUCGUUGUAAACCAAAUUCGUCUUACAAAUAGCAUGAUUCCAAACCAUAAGACCCGAAAGGCCUCCUCCACAGCACACCCAAAAUAUCCGCAGACCCAUACGCAAACGCGAAAGUUGUAAGAGAGAGAGAGAGAAGCGGGCAAUGUUGAGAGUGAGUGGAAGAGAAUACAGAACCAAAUCGAAAGUAUAGCAGAAAAAUAGGAAAGAAAAGUUUGGUCGGUUAUGAGUUAUAUGGGGGGUGGGAAUUUCGUGGACGGAUUUCGUCGCUUGUUUAAACGUCGUUCAUCAACACUUACUACUAGUAAUUCAGUUAUUGAUCAUAAUGACAAAGAUCGUUUGACAAGUUUACACGAAAAAGAAGAGGGCCUUGUGAUUACUGAAGACUUCGAUUUUUCUGGGCUCAAGCCUAUCAAAGUCCCUUUUCCUGUUACCACUUCAUCUGCUUCCAUGGAUCCACACAAAAAGAGUUCACUAGAAAAGGAAUUUUUUACAGAGUAUGGGGAGGCAAAUAGAUAUGAGAUUCAAGAAGUUGUAGGCAAGGGGAGUUACGGUGUUGUGGGGUCAGCAGUUGAUACUCAUAGUGGAGAAAGGGUCGCAAUCAAGAAGAUUAAUGAUGUCUUUGAGCAUGUCUCUGAUGCCACACGAAUUCUUAGAGAAAUCAAACUCCUUCGGCUUCUUCACCACCCCGAUAUUGUGCAAAUAAAGCAUAUAAUGCUUCCCCCUUCUCGAAGAGAAUUCAGAGAUAUCUAUGUCAUUUUUGAAUUGAUGGAAUCUGACCUUCAUCAAGUAAUUAAGGCUAACGAUGAUCUAUCACCUGAGCAUUAUCAAUUUUUCCUCUACCAGCUUCUACGUGGAUUAAAAUAUAUUCACGCAGCUAAUGUAUUUCACCGGGAUUUGAAGCCCAAAAACAUACUUGCUAAUGCCGACUGUAAGUUGAAGAUUUGUGAUUUUGGUCUAGCCCGUGUGUCAUUUAAUGAUGUCCCAUCAGCAAUUUUUUGGACUGACUAUGUUGCAACUCGAUGGUAUCGUGCACCCGAGCUAUGUGGCUCCUUUUUCUCUAAAUAUACUCCUGCUAUCGAUAUUUGGAGCAUUGGAUGCAUAUUUGCGGAGAUGCUUACUGGAAAACCGUUGUUUCCUGGUAAAAAUGUGGUGCACCAGUUAGAUAUAAUGACGGAUUUGCUUGGUACUCCUCCCCCUGAAUCAAUUGCAAGGAUCAGAAAUGAAAAGGCGAGAAGAUAUCUCAGCAAUAUGCGGAAAAAACAGCCUGUUCCAUUCACGCAGAAAUUCCCGAAUGUCGAUCCUUUGGCUCUUCGCUUGCUGGAACGCCUGCUUGCAUUUGAUCCUAAAGAUAGACCGUCUGCUGAAGAGGCAUUGGCUGAUCCAUACUUUCAUGGAUUAGCGAAUGUGGACCGUGAGCCAGCCAGUCAACCAAUAUCAAAGCUUGAGUUUGAGUUUGAGAAGAAAAAAUUGUCAAAAGAUGAUGUUAGAGAGUUGAUUUAUCGAGAGAUUUUAGAGUAUCACCCUCAGAUGCUUGAGGAGUAUCUUCGGGAUGGAGAUCAGACAAGUGGCUUUAUGUACCCAAGUGGCGUUGAUCGAUUCAAGCGACAGUUUGCACAUCUUGAGGAGCAUCAUGCUAAAGGUGGAAGAUACACUGCACUCCAAAGGCAGCAUGCUUCAUUGCCUAGAGAACGAGUCCCUGUGGUCAAGGAUGAAACAGUUGUUCAAGAUAAUGAUUUUGAAAAACGAACUUCAGCAUCUGUUGCUUCAACCCUUCAAAGUCCUCCCAACAAAGCUGAAGGAACAGAUAAUUCAAAUGCAAAUGCACAAAAUGGAACAUGUUCUGCUCGUAGCUUGUUGAAGAGUGCUAGUAUCAGUGCAUCUAAAUGUAUUGGUGUUAAAGGAACAAACAAUGCAGAGGAAGAAUCAAUUGCAGAGCACAGUGAAGAGGUUGAUGGGUUGACCGAGAAUAUUACUCUUCUCCAUACUUAAUUUUAGAGCUCGAUUUUGUCUUCAAAUAUAUCGUUUGGCUUAGACGCAGAUAUAUCAUUCCGUUGUUCCAUAUAUCGACUUUGAAAGUAUAUCAGGUAGAAGUUUUAGAAAACUCGACUAUCCGAAAAAUAGUGUUAUGCCUCCCUCCAUAUCUCCCUUCACCCUAGUGUUGGGGUGUCAUGCUGGUGAUAGUGGCUUGUAUUAUUGACAAUGGCAUAAUUAUUAAUUUCAACAAUAUGUGACAUGGAAUAUUAGUUGCA